AUGGCGGCAACCAUGGCGGCUCCCACGGACGUCCCAUACGCGCCGCAGGACGUUCAAGACGUGCAGACCGUACUUCGUGGCCUCGAGCAGGGCACCAAAGGAGGUAGAGGCGCCAAAAAGAAGACCUUCAGUUGCAAAAGUACGGACUUCAAGGUUUCCGAUUCACCAGAAAAACUCGUUGUUACCUCCUGGCGGUUCCAAGAUUGGGAUUACAAGCGUGACGAUCUUCCCACAUACGCUCGCGGUCUCUUCACCGGAAAGAACGAGAGGGGUCAACCCGAAAUUUCAGUGCGUGGCUAUGACAAAUUCCACAAUGUAGACGAAACCAGCGCCACCAAGUGGGACAACGUCGAAAAAAACACCAAAGGCCCAUACGAGCUCAGCUUGAAAGAGAACGGCUGCAUCAUCUUUCUCAGUGGCCUCCAUGACGGCACUCUGCUGGUUUGCAGCAAGCACUCUACGGGAAUUAGAGCUGACGGCGUCAGUCAUGCAAAAGCUGCUGAGGAAUGGGUUGACAAGCAUCUCGCCACCGUAGGCAAGACCCGGGGAGAGUUAGCAAAAGACCUUCGAAGAAGAAAUGCUACCGCGGUAGCUGAGUUGUGCGAUGAUGACUUCGAAGAGCACAUUCUAGCCUAUGGAAAGGAUGAUGCAGGACUCUAUCUGCACGGGGUCAACAUUAAUCUUCCGGAAUUCAUGACAUACUCUGGUGCUCAAGUACAAGCUUACGCGGAGGAGUGGGGCUUUCGGAAAACCGACUUUCUUGUCAAGGAAGAUAUCCAAAGCACAAAGGCUUUCUUGGACGAAGUCGCUGAAACUGGCCAUUAUGAUGGACGUGAUGUCGAAGGCUUCGUCAUCCGAUGCAAGUCUCGUGUUGCUUCGGGAGGUCCUUACGCAGAUUGGUUUUUCAAAUACAAAUUCGAAGAACCCUAUUUGAUGUACCGGCAAUGGCGCGAAUGCACGAAGGCAAUCAUUUCUGCUCGGCCACCUCGGUUCAAGAAGCAUAUAAAAAUCACGGAGGAAUACUUACACUACGCAAAGAAGAGGCUUGCCGAAAACUCACAGUUAGGCCAGCAAUACCAGCAUAACCAUGGCAUCAUCAAACUACGGAAUGACUUCUUGAAAGAAAAGAACCUGCGAGGCUCUGAUAUCAUCCGACAGGAAUAUGAAGAAGGCGGUGGUGGUGCUCCUGCCGAUGUGUCUAAGGAUAUCAUCUUGGUCCCCAUUGCGACCCUCGGAUGCGGAAAGACAACAAUUGCGCUCGCACUGGUGCAUCUCUUCGGCUGGGGCCACAUCCAGAAUGAUAACAUUACUGGAAAGGGUCGACCUCCUCGAUUUACAAGAGAGGUCUUGUGGCAGCUAGAAGAGGCCCCUGCUGUGUUCGCCGAUCGAAAUAAUGCCUCACGACAUGAAAGACAACAGCUCAUAGACGAUGUCCAUGCAACACAUCCUCAUGUACGACUCGUUGCCCUGAACUUUGUGCAUUCCAAGGAGGGACUCGACAAGAUUCGAGAAGUCACUCAGAAUAGAGUUCUUGCCCGCGGCGACAAUCAUCAAACCAUUCAGGCAGCGACGGAUGUGAAUAAAGUUCUUGGAAUUAUGGAAGGGUUUAUCCAUCGUUUUGAGGAACUAAAUCCAUAUUCGGGACCAGAUGACGGAUUCGACUUUGUAAUUGAUCUUGAUCCUACCCAGGACUCGCGUGACAACUUGGAAACCACAGUCGCGCAAUUAUACUCCAAAUAUCCGAAGCUAUUUACAACCAUGCCGUCGAGCGAUGAUCUUGACGAAGCUAUCAAAUUUGCUCUGAGCGAAUACAAGCCCGACCUUAGGCAUGAAGUUGGGGGGAGCAAAAAGAGGGAGAAGAAGCAAAAGCAACAAGAGGUAUGGAAGUACCGCAAGGGAAGCGAUUCGCGCUAUCCAACCACUCCGCUAAUAUUGUGUGAUGAACAACAGCCCAAGCAGCAGCCGAUAGCAGUAAAGAAGCCUCGCCCAGUAGAGUAUAUUUCUGUUGCUCUGCCUAAGGAAGUUACCCUAGAUGCAAUUGAGACAGCUUUUGCUUCCAUCUCGUCAAACAAGGGUAGAUUCUUCAAACAGCUACAGGAAAAUCGCCGUGUCCAACCCGAUUUCCACGUUACGCUCAUUCAUCGUGCGUCCUCGAAAGCUCAUCCAGAGCUCUGGCAAAAGUACUGUGAUAUGCUUUCUUCAGCCGACCCCUGGGAUAAUAAGUUAGGCGAUUGCAAGGUCCAACUUGAGAGGAUCGUGUGGGAUGACCGUAUCAUGGCUAUUGUGGCUAGACUUGUGAGCGAGAACUGGGAAUCUGUGAAUGAGGUCGCUCAUGUCACUGUGGGAACCAGGGGCGAUGAUGUCAAGCCGAAGGAGAGCAACGAUUUGUUGAAAAGAUGGCUGGAGCAUGGAAGUGGUGAUGAUACUGGCAUCGGCGAGGUGGCUAUACAGGAUCGUCUUGUUGUUGAUGGUGUAGUCAAGGUCGUUUAUUCGCGAGUUAGCUAUAAGGGAUCGUCGGAUCGUUGA